GGUUGAUAGAGGGACAGGUAGUUCACGUUGUGUAGCUGAGCCUUACAAUAAAGGGCGACACGCUGGCUUCAUGCCGCAGCAGUAGAAAGUAGACCAGGUUGUAUGCGUUAAGGUCACGUUUGUGUUGAUCGCGUCAUGUGAACAUACAUUGUAUAAGCCUCCGAGCAUUGUCGCACCUGUAGUAUGCCGAGGCACGCAGUGCCACCCUAAACUAGUGUCCCAUACUGAUAUCCAUGUACCUGGUAUCCACUGUCAUAGGUAAAAUACGAGUGGGGUGUGUUGAGACUUCAGUUUUAAUGUUUGCACGGACAGCUCAGAAACGGGAUAUUCAUGAGAGCGGCAUUCCUACAACUUGGAUCUACCGGGUUGUUUCUGAUACGAAUCUCUGAACAGGGUUUCAGUCAGUCAGUCGGCGGACUUCAGAAUACGAGUGAUUGCUGACGUUCGGAAAUAAAGAUGGCAACCACUGACGGAUUCAACGCCACUGGAAGCGCGUUUGCGAACGCCGGAGUGGGCACGAUUGACCUCGUCGUCAUUAUUAUUUAUUUGUUCGUCUGUCUUGCAGUGGGUAUAUGGGCGACAUGGCGCACACAGCGAGGGAGCGUCAGCGGCUACUUCCUGGCAGGGAGGGACAUGCUUUGGUUUGCGAUUGGAGCAUCUCUGUUUUCGAGCAACAUUGGCAGCGGCAGCUUCAUCGGCCUCGCAGGCACAGGGGCGGCGUCGGGGAUUGCCGUCGCAAGUUAUGAACUCAAUGGUCUGUUCUGCCUUUUGCUGUUGGCCUGGCUGUUUGUACCAGUCUAUAUAGCGAGCGGGGUUUACACUUUACCGGAGUAUUUGAUGCGGCGCUUUGGAGGUCAACGACUACAGGUGUACAUGGCGGUGUUGUCUCUGAUCAUCUAUGUGUUUACAAAAAUAUCAGCUGACAUGUAUGCUGGCGCCAUCUUCAUCCAACAAGCUGUCAGGUGGAACAUCUACCUCGGAAUCCUCGUCCUCCUCGUCAUCACCACCAUCAACACGGUCUCCGGUGGUUUGAAGGCCGUCAUCUACACAGACACACUACAGACAAUCAUCAUGGUCGCUGGGGCGUUUAUACUCAUGGGGAUCAGUUUUGCUAAGGUCGGCGGGUUGGAAUCUGUGUAUGAAAAAUACUUCCAAGCCAUUCCAGAGAAAGGCAUAAACGGAAGUGACGUGUGUGGUCUACCACCUAACGAUGCCUUCCAUUUGCUGCGGGAUGCGUCAACGGGUGAUCUCCCCUGGCCGGGGAACGUCUUUGGAAUAACGAUUCUAAGUGCUUGGUACUUCUGCUCAGAUCAAGUGCUGGUCCAGCGUUCCCUGGCAGCCAAGAACAUGCACCAUGUCAAGGGGGGCUCCAUCAUGGCGGCGUACCUCAAGGUCAUACCACUGUUCACCACAGUCUUCCCUGGCAUGAUCAGCAGGAUUCUCUAUCCAGACCAGGUAGCGUGUGUUGACCCCGACACCUGCUGGGCGGUGUGUGAGAACAGGGCCGGCUGCACCAACAUCGCCUACCCCAAACUUGUCAUCGAGCUCAUGCCGGAAGGUCUGAAAGGUCUGAUGUUAGCGUCGAUGAUGGCUGCGCUCAUGUCGUCGCUGACGUCGGUGUUCAACAGUGCCAGCACCAUCUUUACUAUCGAUAUCUGGAAGAGGAUUCGGCCUAAGGCCGCGGACUCCGAGUUGCUCGUGGUUGGCAGGGUGUUUAUUCUGGUUCUGGUGGGCCUUAGUAUACUCUGGAUUCCAGUUCUUCAAGCUGCCCAAGGGGGACAACUCUUCAACUACAUCCAAGCGGUGACGGGAUAUUUUGCCCCGCCAGUUCUCUCCCUUUUCCUCUGUGCUAUAUUAUGGGGGAGAACAAAUGAAAAGGGUGCAUUCUGGGGGAUGAUGAUCGGCUUGGUAAUUGGUCUGGUCAGAAUGGGUCUGGACUUCGGCUACGGAACCCCAGGGUGUGGAGAGGUGGAUGAUCGUCCUGUCAUCAUCUCCAAAGUCCACUUCCUCCAUUUUACCAUCCUCCUCUUUGUCGUCAGCAUGGUCGCCACCAUCGUCAUCUCCAUCCUCACUGAAGCACAGAAGCCGUCACAUAGUGUCCGCCUCACAUGGUGGACCAGACACGACCAGGAAGACAGAGAAGAGUUCCCGGAGGAACGAGCACGUAGGGAGAAGGGCCAAGCUCAGAGGAAGGAGGAUAUGGCUAAACGCAAGCCUGUGGAUGUGGCAUCCUUGCCUCAGUGGCGCCGUAUCAUGUACUUGGUAUGCGGGUAUGAACCCCCCAAGGCGGAGGAGAUCUCGGAAGAGGAGGAGGAAAAACAGAGGAAGGUCUUGACUUCUAUAGAGGAGACACCCAAGUGGAGAAUGUUCGUCAACGUCAACGCCAUCGUGUUGAUGACAAUUGGAAUAUUUCUAUGGGGGUUUUUCGGCUAAAUUAUUUGUGCUUUCAUUAGGGUGUUUCUUUUUGCACAUAUUCUCGAGAUGGCAUGUUUAUCUAUUAUUGCUACCUGCAUCAAUACACAUUACGUAUUCGUACAAUGAAGGUUCCGUUAGUGUACUGUUGCUUGUCAUACUUUAAAUACAUUUAUUCAAGUAAUAUAAUUAUUUCAUUAUACUGUAACGCAUGUCUUUUUUAACUAAUUUAAACGCCAUUUCACCUACUAAUGGAGCUCUGACGCCAGUGAAGUUCUAUUGGAAGAAGAAAAAAUCUUAAGCUCUAUGUAAUUUAUUCCUAUAAUGUACAAAUUCAUUCCACUGCAACGCACGUCUCUUUAAAACUUUCUUAAACGCCAUUUCACACUGGAACUUCACUGUCGUCAGAGUGCUUUUAGUUUGAGGUUUUAAUAGAGACAUUCACUAUUGAUCUGUAAUAUAUUGAGCUGAGUCGGCUCUCACACACAUGAGUGUCAGGCUGAGAUGGCCUCCGAAAUUACACUGAAUACUUGGAAUGAAAUUAGAAUACACAUUGACAUGAACUGGUUGUGUGGAGGGGCAACAAUAGUAUGCACAUUGACAUGAACUGGCAGUGUAGAGGACAACUUAGAAUAUACAUUGACAUGAACUGGCUGUGUAGAGGACAACUUAGAAUAUACAUUGACAUGAACUGGCUGUGUAGAGGACAACUUAGAAUAUACAUUGACAUGAACUGGCUGUGUAGAGGACAACUUAGAAUAUACAUUGACAUGAACUGGCCGUGUAGAGGACAACUUAGAAUAUACAUUGACAUGAACUGGCUGUGUAGAGGACAACUUAGAAUAUACAUUGACAUGAACUGGCCGUGUAGAGGACAACUUAGAAUAUACAUUGACAUGAACUGGCUGUGUAGAGGACAACUUAGAAUAUACAUUGACAUGAACUGGCCGUGUAGAGGACAACUUAGAAUAUACAUUGACAUGAACUGGCUGUGUAGAGGACAACUUAGAAUAUACAUUGACAUGAACUGGCCGUGUAGAGGACAACUUAGAAUAUACAUUGACAUGAACUGGCCGUGUAGAGGACAACUUAGAAUAUACAUUGACAUGAACUGGCUGUGUAGUUCAGUUUCCAAAAGACAAAAAGUUCCAGAUAACUAGAAAACUAGACACAGGGACGUCUGUGAAGCUAUCGGCCACAGCAGGGUAUUUUUCGUUUCUUUUUUAAAUUUUUGUUGUUUCAUUUUUAUACAGGGUUGCGCAUGAUUACAAUAAUAAGAUAAACUUUUAACAUGACAUUUGACGGUAAAUAAGUUAUGACACGGGGACCAGAAUUGAUCAAAGUAGUCGAUUCUGGAACUCAAAUUGGAUGAGCACAUUGUAAGUACAUAUUAUUUGUGGAGCCCCCCCCCCUGCAAGAUCCGGAUAGUUGGUAUACGCUCAGUGGAUUAAUAAUGUAAAUAUGGUAAAUAUUAAAAAUAAUUACAAUUACGUAUUUUGGAUCAUUUAUUGCUGUGACAAAAACCAAGAAGAAUGUUGCCUGGUGUUCCUUAUUUCAAUUUGAUCACCACAUUUAAUCCUUUAAUUUGUUCUUUUGUUCUGUGAUAUACUUUGUCCAUCGUAUGUGUCAUGUGUUUGUAGCAUGUUUCAUGUAAUCAGACAUGUAUAACAGUUGGUAAAUAAAGACAUAAGUAAA